AUGCAGCGUUUGGGGCGACGGAUUCCCUGGCGCGGGGCAAUGGCGUGCCCGUUUCUCGUGACGAGCCGACGCGGCGUCUCCGUCGCAGGAGGGUCCGACGGCGCUGGCGGUGGGAACGGGCCUCAAACGUACAUCGAGUACCUGGAUCGCGCCUGGAACCGCCAGUGGUUCGGGGCAACGGAGAGUUUGCCGCCGCUGCCAGAUGCCUCGCCGUUUGCGGAUUUCUUUGUCAGCUGUCAAGAGGCGUUGGGGCUUGAUCCGGCGAUCGCCAUUCUAUUGUUUGGGGCUCUUAGCCGGCUCUGUACGCUGUACUUUUCCCUCUACGGGGAGCGUGCGUCGGAGCGGAUGCGGAAUGCCAUGUGGAGGCUGAAGGCUCCACAUGAGGCGUUUCAGCGCGUGUACUAUCGCGAAGGAGCGGCGGCGCUGGACAUUCAGCUCGCCGCCACGGCGCUCAAGGGAGAGCGCCGGCGUGUCUUUUUGGAGGAAAAAACGUCGAAUCUGCAGUGUUUGUCGUCGCUGCUUGGAACGCCAUUGGUGCUCUUUGGCCUCGUCCAAACAACCAGCAUGUGUGAAAAUCCACGACUUGACAUCGGUACUUCCUCCUUUUUAUGGUGCCCAGCACUCACCAUGCCGGAUCCCUAUGUUUUACUUCCGCUGGCAUUCUGUGGGCUGACGCUAAUGAACUUUGAGCUGUCGAUCAGCAAAGACCUUAAGACGGGAUGGAUGUCUAACCUUGUUUGGGGGGCCCGUCUCGGUUGUCUUUGCGUUCUCCCUGCACUGGCGCACAUUCGCGCGGGAGUAGCUCUCUAUUUUCUUGGUAUGAGUUUAGUUGGGUUGUUUCAACCGCUGCUCUUACGCUCCACGAAAUUUCGCACGUGGUUUAACUUUCCAUCCCCGCAGCCACAGUUGGGGCCUACAAAGUUGGUUGAAAGGCCUGAUGACCUUCAUAUACGCAUGAGCGUGCAGUUUCCGUAUCUAACACAUCUGUUUAACCCGGAGUCCGAGGAUAAUGCCGGUUUACUGAAGGAAGUGGCGGCAACGCCGCCAAACCGUCGUCAAAAUCGUUGCAAUACUGCCGGCUACGCCGGGGGCAUGAACCCGCCUAUGCGAGAGGGUCCCCCGCGUCCGGUGGGUGGCUGGCCCUCCUCGUCUGCUCCUGCGGGGGCAGUGCAGCCGGCGACCGCGCCGUCGCGGAAGGGGGCCAACUUUGCGGCCGGUGGAUGGAAGGCAACACAGACGGAGUUUCGCGAGGAAGAUUUUAUUCCUGAGGUUGCCGAUGCUGGCCGGAGCGGCGGCAAAGGGAAACACUAG